AUGAGUCAUUUAAUAGAUUCAUAUAAAUUAAUUUCAAAUAAAUUAAAGAAAAAAAAGUUCCCUUUAAGGAAACCAAACUAUGCAGAAGCUAUAGAUCAAUAUGCACAGAUUAUGAAUUCAUUCAAGAGAGAAGGUAACUUGAUGUAUGCUGCAUUCUGUUGUCUCUCAAUAGGUAGAUGUGAACAAGCAAUAAAAAACUCUUCAUCUGCAGAAGCAUCUUGUUUUAUUGAUUCAGGUUAUUUAAUAUGGGAAAAUGAAAUAAAAGCAUUCGAUAAUGAUUAUAUUAGCUUUGAAGAGAAUGUAACAGAAGCAAUCAAUUGUUAUCUUUUAGCAAUAAAAAGAUUCAGUAUAAUGGGUACAUUAUUCUUUGAGUUGGCAACAAUACUGAAAAAACUAAGAAAGUAUGAAGAGAGUGCAGAGUAUUUCAAUAAAGCAGCAGAGAUUAUGCGAACAGAGAGUCCUAUCACCGCGAUCAAUUCACUAAAAGAAGCGAUUCAGUGUAAGAUAUUGGAGUGUGACUAUAAGGGGGCAUGCGACCUGCUGGAUACCAUCGUAACGAUAGCAUUAGAGUCGAUGCCACAGGAGAAUCGUUUGAAUCAAACUAUAAUGGUGAAUCACGAGCAAUAUGAAAAUCACAGAGUGCCAUCGUCGAUCAGUCUAUCGCUCUACCCGUAUGCACUGAUAGAGGCACGCGUCUCGCUGAUACUACUGUACAUCCUACAGGACUCAUUCCUAAAGUCACAGUCGCAUCUCGGUAAGCUGGUGAACGAUAUCAACGACAAUGAAGGUCAAUCAUCUGAUCUCACCGAUGAAACGAUUGCACUCUUAAACAAUCUAUUAAUGGCAUGUGAAAGAAAAGAAAUAAAUGGUUUACAAGCAAUACAAAGAGAACUAUGGAGUUCACUGACCGAUAUGCAAAACGAUAUUUUACAAAGAAUUUGGUGUGCCAAUAAAAUGUUACUUUAA